CCGGAUCCGAGAAAAGAAGAGACCGUUCCUCGUUUUCGGAGCUUCUUAGUUCUUAGUUCUUACCUUUACCCUCUCUUUAACACAGCGUCCCCUUUCAACGUUCUCUAUCUUUCACUUCGAUUAUUUUCUCAUCACUCGGAAACUUUAAGUUCAAACUCUAUCCUAUUCCUCUCUCCCCCAGACAACGACGUCUUUGUAGGCUUCACUCUAUUCGGCCAGUGGAUUGAAAACUAGAGGACUUAGAAAAAAAAAACACAGAGCCCCAAGAAAAACCUUUGGGGAAAAACCAGAACCCAGUGGUUUCACUUCAUCUAUAUUCUUUUGGAGAUAUAGAGUGAGUGAGUAGCUAGAGAGUGAGUGAGUUGCAAUGGUGGCUGGGAAGGUGAGACUGGCCAUGGGGCUGCAGAAGUCUCCGUCCUGCUCGAAGCAGGAGACGCCCCCGAAACCGCCAUUGCCAUCACCGAGCUCGGCUAAGGUUCCCCAGAAAGCAGUGUUCUCUAGGUCCUUCGGGGUUUACUUCCCACGCUCGUCAGCUCAGGUCCAGCCUCGCCCACCUGAUGUCACGGAGCUGCGUCGUCUGGUCGAGGAGCUCCGUGAGAAAGAGUCACGCUUGAAGACCGAGCUCCUCGAGUACAAGCUUUUGAAGGAGUCCGUCGCCAUUGUCCCUGUCCUUGAGAACGAGAUAUUUUCCAAGGAUGCAGAGCUUCAAAGAGCCUCCAACAGAAUCGAGUGCUUGGAGAUUGAGAACCAGACGUUGAGAAUGGAACUGGAAGGGUUAAAGACGAGGAUGGAGGAUGAGAGAAAAGAGAGCGAUAAGAAAGUCAAGGCAAUGGAGGCUGAGAUUUCGGAGUUGAAGAGAACAGCAUUGGAUCGCAACAGAGUAGAGCUGAUCAUGGACAAUGACGACCUUUCAUCUUCCCAGAGGUUUCAGGGCCUAAUAGAGGCGUCCGUGAAAUCAAAUCUCAUAAAGAACUUGAAAAAGGGAACCAAAUGUGCGGACAGCAGUUUGAGUUUUGAGAACCAGAAGCUCGAAGGACCGGAUUCGAAGAAAGAGGACACAGAAAAUGAGAGACCAAGGCACUCGAGGUGUAACUCAGAGGACCUCGCCGAGUCGUCCGAAUCCGCUCUCUCGAAUCUCAGAUCUCGCCUCCCUAGGGUCCCAAAACCACCACCGAGACCAUCAUCCACAACCUUAUCACCCAGUACAUUGCCAAGCAGUGCUUUUUUCACUUCCGAGAACAAAGCGUCAACGGAGCAACCGAUUCCUCCGCCGCCUCCACCGAAGAGAAUGGUGCCUCCACCGCCUCCCCCGCCACCGAAGGGGUUGAAGGGGGUGCCGGCGAAAGUGAGGAGGGUGCCUGAGGUGGUGGAGUUCUACCACUCCUUAAUGCGAAGGGACUCCCGACGGGACUCGGGCACCACCUCGGAGGCGGCACCGGCCACGGCCAACACUCGUGACAUGAUCGGCGAAAUCGAGAACCGGUCUUCUCAUUUGCUCGCGAUAAAGUCAGAUGUAGAAACUCAGGGAGACUUCAUAAGAUUUCUGAUAAAAGAAGUUGAGAGUGCAGCAUUUACGGACAUUGAGGAUGUUGUUCCUUUUGUUAAAUGGCUCGACGACGAGCUCUCCUACCUGGUGGAUGAAAGAGCGGUUCUGAAGCAUUUUGAGUGGCCGGAGCAGAAGGCAGAUGCACUGCGCGAGGCGGCAUUCGGGUACUGUGAUCUCAAGAAACUCGAAUCCGAGGCUUCCUCCUUUCGCGACGAUGCCCGACAGCCGUGCGUCCCGGCCCUUAAGAAAAUGCAGGCUUUACUCGAGAAGUUAGAACAUGGUGUGUACAAUCUCUCGCGUUUGAGAGAAUCUGCCACAAAGAAAUAUAAAGUUUGUAAUAUUCCUACGGAUUGGAUGCUCGAUGCUGGUUUUGUAAGCCAGAUCAAGUUGGCAUCAGUAAAAUUGGCCACAAAGUACAUGAAGAGAGUAUCUGCAGAGCUCGAAACAGUUGGCAGUGGUCCAGAAGAAGAAGAGCUAAUUGUUCAAUGUGUUAGAUUUGCAUUCAGAGUACAUCAGUUUGCUGGUGGCUUUGAUGUGGAAACAAUGAGGGCGUUUCAAGAGCUGAGAGACAAAGCAAAAUCAUGCCAUGUACAAUGCCAAAACCAGCAACAACAGAAAUUUGUAUGCAGGUCGUCGUAAACCUUGCUAAUCAAUCUGUAGCAAACUCAGCUUCAGAAUUGCACCUAGUUUUUGUUGUAAAGAUGAUUACUUGAUGUUUGUGAAUACAAUGGCUGCCAGCCAGCCAUCUUGACUUAGAAACAUUAAUUUUAUUGCAUAUGCCUUAGUUUACUGUGAAUUAUUCUGAUAAAUGAACUAAUUACGAGGCUUCUGGCGCCAAAGAUGCUGUCCUUCAA